AUGAUACGAAUUCAAAAUGAUUUGCACAAUUUACAAUCAGCGAAAAAAUUGACCAGAAUCAACAGCGGUGGAAGCGGGCUUCCGGAGCUGACUGUAGUGGAUGCAAAAACUCCAGGAGCUAAUAGCGAAGCUCCAGAUCUGCUCAAAGUUGUACGUAUACCGACGGAAAUGAAGAAAGAAGACAAAGAGCUGACACAAAUUGAACCAAUUCAACGGAAUGGUGUGACGGCUGGAAUAAAACCCCUGCAACCACCUCCAGUUCCGGUUAAGUUCCAGCAGCUUGAUGUUACUCCCAGUGCUCACACUGCUCCUACUCAUGCUCCUGCGGUCUCUCAACCACCUCCUACAUCAUUUCCAGAGGGCCAAUUCAACGGCGAAGCGAAUCGUGAAGACCAAUACUCAAGUGAGGGCAAGGACUUUGGAUUCGAACCUAAGGUCGAACCAAUUGACGACUAUUCGUACGGGUUUGGUGAUCAUAUGCGAUAUGAUCCAGCAAAUGGCGAAUUCAAUGUAUUCGAAUAUCAGUCUACUUCGGGUGACGUCAAGAUGGAGGGCGAUGCAAUGCGGAAGUACUCUCAACGAAAUGUGAAAAUUCCCAUUCAUGAGCGUCCUUACAAAUGCCCAAGAGACGAUUGCGAUCGGCGGUUUUCACGAAGCGAUGAGCUAACUCGCCAUAUACGAAUUCAUACGGGGCAGAAGCCGUUUCAAUGUCGGAUCUGUCUUCGAGCAUUUUCACGAUCGGAUCAUUUGACAACACAUGUUCGAACGCAUACGGGCGAGAAACCGUUUUCAUGUGACGUUUGUGGGCGGAAAUUUGCUCGAAGUGAUGAACGUAAAAGACAUACGAAGGUGGGCAAUAGCAGUGUCAUUUCUAGGUUGCCAUUCUUUUUCUUUGCUACCUGCAAUUAG